AUGUAUUCUCGCUCAAACGUUCGACCUGGUGCUCGACCUACAGCAACAACAAACAAUAAUUAUGGUGCAUCAAACACUCGAUCUUCUGUCAAUACAGGUUAUAGUAGUGGAUCUAUGACACGAUCGCAACCUGUUACUCGACGACCAACAAAUCAAUAUGAAAAUGAAUCACCACCACCUCGAAAUGCUUCUAAACAGCAAAAAUCCGGAGGUGGUGGACAUGGUUAUGGUGAAUAUGAUUAUUUGUAUAAGAAUGCACCGGGUGGAAGUGGUGGACCACCAGUUAUGCCUAAAUUUGUAUUGUGUUAUAUUUGUGGACGCAAAUAUGGAACACAAUCAAUUGAUAUUCAUGAACCCCAAUGUUUAGAAAAAUGGCAUUUUGAAAAUGCUAAAUUACCACCAAAUUUACGUCGACCACCACCACGUAAACCUGAUGUUCAUAUUAGCAGUGGUGGUAAUUUCUCUCUCGAUGAAAUAAAUGAUGCAGCUUAUGAAGCAGCAAAAGCUUCACUGGUUCCAUGUGAAAAUUGUGGACGCAAAUUUGCUGCUGAUCGUAUAUCAGUUCAUCAACGAAGUUGUAAACCAGGUCAUGCAGCGAAACCUAUUGGUACAUCUUCUGGCCCCAGUAGUGGUAGUGGACGAAUGGCUGAACGACCUGUCCAACAACGCAACAAUGCUUCUUAUGAUGAAUAUGAUGACCCACCAAUAAGUUCCUCAAAACGUGGUGGUGGUGGUAGUAAUGCUGCGUUUGGAAGUAGUAAUUCAUCAGGUGGUGCUGGUCUUUAUCCAUGUUCUACAUGCAAUCGAAAAUUUGCAAGUGAUCGUAUAGAGCAACAUGAAGAAGCAUGUAGGAAAGCCAGUAAGCAACGACGUGUAUUUGAUUCAACUAAACAACGAUUACAAGGAACUGAAGCAGCAACAUAUUUUAGAAAAGGAAAAGGAGCCAAAGGUCCAACUCAAACAGCUAAACUUCAAAUACCUAAAUCAAAUUGGAGACAAAAGCAUGAAGAUUUUAUUCGAGCUAUUCGUUAUGCUAAACAAGCGACUAAUUAUGAGAAAGCAGGUGGUCGCUUAGCUGAUCUACCUCCACCACCUGCUUCUGUUAAUCCGGAUUAUAUUCAAUGUCCGCAUUGUGGACGAAAUUAUGCUCCAAAAGUAGCCGAACGACAUAUACCAAAAUGUGUUAAUAUUGUAGCUAAACCUAAACCACCACCAAGUCUUAAUCGAACGGGAACACAACAACGUACUGGUGUCAGUAAUAAUCGUCCAACUGCAUCGAAUUACAACAAUACAUCUGGUGGUUUCAGUAAUAGUGGUGCAUAUCCACCUCCGAAUAGAUCAACACGUGGUGGUCGUUAUUAA